AUGGAGCUAGCAACCAGUAAUUCUUCGUCCUAUGAACUACUGAUUGAGUCGGUCAAUACCCUAAAGGAAAAGCUAGACAAAUAUGCCCCCAAGACAGAGCAUGGAAAAACCUUAAAAGAAGCCCUUCAACUGUCAUUGAAAGAUAGAUUAGAUGAAUAUGCCAAUUUAGAUUUGGCAUCAAUUGCAAGUUUCUUUUCACCAUAUCAUCAGUUCGGAUUUAGCUCUUUAGAAACUUUAAAACAACAAACAAUAAUUUCUAUUAUAAGAGAAGAAUUAGGAGCACUAUCUAAAAAAAUAGAAGUGGCUCCAUCACCCAUCAAAACUAGAAAACACAAACAUGGUGCAGAUCCCAUUGACUAUAUGACUGUUCAUGAAAUGGAUACAGUCGAAAAGAAUGAAGUGAAAGAAAUAGAUAGAUACAUAAAUGCAGUAAAAUUAAACAAUGAAUCAGUUGAUACUUUAGAGUGGUGGUCAAAUAAUCGACAGAGAUUCCCAAAUCUUGUUCAACUCGCCAAGAAAUAUCUCUGUAUUUCAACAACAUCAGUACCAUCAGAGAGUACUUUUUCAAAAGCAGGAUAUAUAUUUGACGACAAAAGAACAAAUAUGUCUUUUAAACUAUUCACAAAUUUAGUAUUCUUGUACUCAAAUAAAGAUGCAUGA